GUUCCUCUGUUGUGAAUUUGUAUUUCUACCCGGCGCUCCGAAUUCGCAUAAAAUUGCACUUCGCAAUGGCAACCGAGCCAGAACCGUCAACUUCCAAAAAAGUUAGUGAAAUACUCCAAGCUUCGAUCAUUGUAAAAUGGGGUGGCAAAGAAUUCCCAAUUACAGAUUUAACCGAUCAGGAUACUGUGGCUGUGCUGCGCCAUGAAAUCUUCAAACUCACACAGGUGAAACCGGAGCGGCAAAAAUUGAUAAAUCUCAAGUAUAAAGAAAACAAAGUGGCGCCUGAUGAUACCAAAAUUUGUGACUUGGAGUUGAAACCCAACUUCAAACUAAUGAUGGUAGGCUCGACUGAGGCUGCUAUAGAGAUUGCAUGUCAACUGCCCGAUGAUAUUGCCGAGGUGAUAGAUGAUUUUGAUGUAGCCGAAGAAGAGGACUUGGUAGAGAAAUCCCCCGUUUACUUGGCGAAAGUACAACGGCGCGUUAGAGAAUAUAAAAUAAAUGAGCUCAACCCGCCAAGGGAAGGAAAGCGUUUGCUUGUACUUGAUAUUGAUUACACCUUAUUCGAUCAUCGAUCUCCCGCCGAAAAUGCCUCGGAACUAAUGCGACCAUAUUUACAUGAAUUUUUGGAAUCUAGUUACGAAAAUUAUGAUAUUGUUAUAUGGUCGGCAACUGGUAUGCGUUGGAUUGAGGAAAAAAUGAAAUUGCUCGGUGUAAGCAACAAUCCCAAUUACAAAAUAAUGUUCUACUUGGACUCUACUGCCAUGAUUUCAGUAUAUACGAUUGAACGUGGUGUCUUAGAUGUGAAACCGCUCGGUCUUAUUUGGGGCCAAUAUCCGCAAUAUAGUGCCAAAAAUACAAUCAUGUUCGAUGAUAUACAACGUAACUUUCUAAUGAAUCCACGUUCAGGUUUACGUGUACGACCCUUCCGCCAGGCACACAUAAGUCGGCAUACUGACAAAGAACUUGUCAAGCUUUCGAAGUACCUGCGCGAUAUUGCAAAUGAUUGCGACGACUUUACCAAACUGAAUCAUCGCAAAUGGCAGCAUUACGAUCAUCGUAAACACCGAUAAUAAAAGGCAAAACUAAAAUUAAAUGAAUUGAAGCAAUUUUUUAAAACCUUAAUGUAGGCUACUACAUAAAAUGGAUGUUUGAUUGAUGCUAAGCUCAGCACUGCUAAGCAUUAUUUGAAAUAAAAUUUCCGGCGUUUUUACACAUCUGCUUAGCAACGAAGUUUUUACUUUUCAUUUACACACAGCUAAUUUUAAUUAAUUAAGAUAUAACUGGCAAAAUGCAUUUAAAUUCCUCUUGUGAUUUUCUUAAUGAGCUCGGUAAAC